UUAUAGUGUGAGGAUGAAGGGCUGAGGCGCCUCUCAGCUCAAAGUGCAGCGCCCCUGCGUCCCGGCUGUUUUGCGCUCAAGGUGGAGUUUUGUGCCACAUCACAUCACAUCGCUGCCGCUCUAACGCGCAGUGCCGAGGCUGUUGUCCUGAAAAGAGCAAGCUGCCAGCAGCAGGAAGCGACUCAACAACACCAACACCAACAACGGAAGCAAGCGCGUUUUGUUUUUUCCACAUUUCGGGACAAUUCUCGCUCCUCACUUUGAGUAGAGGAGGUGUCGAGGAACAUGCGUUCAACGCGCAGGUGAAAACAAGUCUGCUGAUUCAAGUUCCUCGCUGCAGUAACUUUUAAGCCCUCGGAAGAUUUUUGUUUUUGUUGUUGUUGUUUGCUUUUGAAACCUUGAAAUGUCUCGCAAGAAGACUGCCAAAGGCAAAGCCGGGAGCAGCAGCCCGUCUGCGGGCAGCCCCACUGGGAAAGGGACCACCACCGCCGGGAAGGCUGCGAGGAGCAGCCCGGGGAUUGUUCAGAUGAACGGCGUGGUCCAUCCCAGCAGACCCUCCAUCAGCAACAGCAGCGAGUUUUAUGACAUCGCUUUCAAGGUGAUGCUGGUUGGAGACUCAGGUGUGGGGAAAACAUGUCUACUGGUGCGUUUUAAAGACGGCGCUUUCCUGGCUGGCAGCUUCAUCUCCACCGUGGGCAUCGACUUUAGGAAUAAAGUCCUGAACAUUGAUGGAGUCAAGGUGAAGCUCCAGAUCUGGGACACAGCUGGACAGGAGCGGUUCCGCAGUGUCACUCAUGCCUACUACCGUGACGCCCAUGCUUUGCUUCUGCUGUAUGAUGUCACCAACAAAUCAUCCUUUGACAACAUACAGGCAUGGCUGACUGAGAUCCAUGAGUACGCCCAACAGGAUGUGGUGCUGAUGCUGCUUGGAAACAAGGCUGAUGCCACUCAUGAGCGGGUGGUGAAGAGAGAAGAUGGCGAGAGGCUUGCAAAGGAGUUUGGAGUUCCCUUCAUGGAGACCAGCGCCAGGUCAGGUCUCAAUGUAGAGCUGGCUUUCACCGCUGUGGCUAAGGAGCUGAAGCACCGGUCUAUGAAGGAUCCCAGCGAGAAGUUUAAGCUCCAGGAGUAUGUAAACAAGGAGAUGAAGAGCACAAGCUGCUGCAGGUCUUAAAGCCUGCCCUACUCCUGGAUCUGAGAGUUUGUGUAUUUGCGUGCGUGCGUGUGCGUGUGGACCGCAUUCAUACCCAAUGUGUUCAUAUUUAACCUGAUCAGAGAUGAGGAGUCAGCUCCAGCGAGGUAUAAAACCUUUUUGUCCUUCUGUUUCUUCACGCUCACACCUCUCUGUCUCAGUCCACCUGACCUCCAUCUGUUGUCCUGCACUCUCACUGCCCUACUCUACUUUGUAUGUCCUGCUUUUCGCCAUCCACCUCCUCCUGCAGCUGUUAAUGUAGUCCCAGGAUAUGGUUUGCAGAAUACAAAGUUAGAUGCUACACACACCUCAGUUAUUAAAGGGUAAGUUCGGUAUUUUUCAAACUCGCUCCUCUUUUCCGAUGUUUUUGUGUUUAAGUGACAGCAAUUGAUGACACUGGUCUAGCAUUAAGCGAGACUGCUGCAGCCAGCAACGGCUAAAUAGGCUGAUAUUUAAACGCUUGGGGCAUGUUUGAGUCAAUUUACGUUCACUAAAAAUGCUUGUUUUUGCCACUGACUGGUUCAGACCAUUAAGUGUCUGACAACUUAUAAAGGAUCCCUACAGAGACAGACCUUUGUGUUAAGGAGAAAAAUUCUAUUUGUUUAAUUAGGAACAGCCCCAAAAUGGCUAUCACCAAACCCACCAGACUCCAUUUAAAAAAACAGUAAUUUUAUCAUUGUCAAACACACUCCUUUCAGAGCUGAAACAAAAUAAAACUCACAAAAACUGCUUUGGUUUGUCUUUCCACUUGUUAAACUAUCACCAGCUCGGUUUGGUUGAAAUAAACCCUUAAUUCACCCACUUAGAUGUAAAAACAUUCUGGCUCUGUACAUGCUUAAUUGCGGCUUAUUUUAAGGGGAGUCUGGUGUGUUUGGUGAUGGCGAUUUCGUUUCCAAUUAAACAACAAGGAUCUUACUCUUUUAAAAAAAGGUCUAUCUCUGUAGGGAUCAAGUCCAUAAGUUGUCAGACAAUUAAAAUAAAAAUCUGAGCCUGUCCGUGGCAGAAGCAGCACUUUCAGUGGGUGUAAAUCGACAGUACGGACAUGCCCCAUGUGUUUACACUGCAGCUUGUUUCAACACUGCCAGCUGCAGCCCUCUCACUCAACACUAGACCAAUUUCAGAAAUGGUUCCCGUAGUCACUUAGACACAAAAACAUAAGACAAUACGGUCUAGGGUGAAAAAUACUAAACUUACCUUGUAACUUAUUAAUGGACAUUUUUUCCAUAACCCCAGCAUUGAAUCGGACACCUACCUUUGCAUUACCUCAUGUUAUUUUAUUGUGAAAGGAUUUUAUCACAGCAGAAUUAAUGGUCUUCUUGUAAAGCCAUAUACAGUAUUCCUCACAUCCAUUUAAAAUGUCACCAUUUUAUUUGAACGUUCUCUUCUUAACAAGCGUGUGGAUGAAUGUUCCUAUAAUAGAUGUACAGUGGCAUGUGUUUUGUCCAUGGGUUCAGUGUUCAUGUCAGUUAAUCAGCGGGCUCUCUGGAGCCACUUUAGCUCACCAGCAUAAACUCAAUCCAAGCAUUUCCAUGAUUCAGCUGUGGAUAUAUGGGAAUAUGUCUUACUUCUAGUUAUUGAUGUUGCCAUUUUGUAUACAAGGAUAUGAAGUAAAUAAUGGCAUCGUUAGCCACAAUAAGUUGUUGUUUUAGUAGAAUUCAUGCUAGAUGCAAACAUGAAAUAUACAGUAGUUUAAACAGACUUUUAGAAACAUGGCAGUGCAUGAGUCACACCACUUAAACAUUUUGGGGAGUUUUCCAAUAUUAGAGAUUCAAUGUUGAGUCUUGGAGAACUCUAAUGCAACCUCUUAUUAUAUAUAUGAUUUUGAAAUUGUUAUUUAAAGCAUAAUGUAUAUACUUGAGUUUUUUCUGCAUGUAAAAAAGUUUUGAGGAGAUUAGCACUUUAGAUGGUGAAUACGCAUAUGGGUGGGAUUUAAGGGGGAUACUGGGGGAGUAAAGACCUACAGUAUGUUGACAAUAUUACUUAAAGUAUUGUAUAUGAAACACAGAUGUGUAUAUUUCUUUUUGUUUUGAAUGUUUUAUUUGUAGUCAGACGUGCAAACAUUAUUAUGCUUUUAUUUUCCAUUCAUAAAUAUAUAAAUGGGGUAUAUAGUGCCAUGUUUUCUUAAAAAACAUUUGACUAGUACGUUUCUUAUAAUCAGUUGACAGUAUUUAACCUGUUCUUUAUAGAAGAAGCAUAGGCCUCUUUUUAUAUGAUAUGUUGCUUUGGUAGAUUUCAUCUUAGCCACAGAAGCUGGUUAUCUCUGUACAGUGUUUACUGCACUUUUGUUUUCCAAUCUUGAUGUUCAGAGUAAUGUAUCGGUUUUUGUUUUUACUACUUUUCAAUGUGCAACUUCUUUCUUGUAACUUAAAGUAAACAAUAAAAGCAGGAGGUAAUGUGGCUAUUACCCUUUUAAUAGUGA